CACAGCGACGCGACGCGCGGACGCCCGCCCGGCGGAGCCGAGACCCAACGAUGACUCUGAAUAAUGUCACCAUGCGCCAGGGCACUGUGGGCAUGCAGCCACAGCAGCAGCGCUGGAGCAUCCCGGCUGACGGCAGGCAUCUGAUGGUCCAGAAAGAGCCCCACCAGCACAGCCAGCGCAGCCGUCCCUCUGUUACCCCUGAGGACCACUACCGCCGGAGCUGGUCCUCCGACUCCACAGACUCAGUCAUCUCCUCCGAGUCGGGGAACACCUACUACCGGGUGGUGCUCAUAGGGGAGCAGGGGGUGGGCAAGUCCACUCUGGCCAACAUCUUUGCGGGCGUGCAUGACAGCAUGGACAGCGACUGCGAGGUGCUGGGAGAAGAUACAUAUGAGCGAACACUGAUUGUUGAUGGGGAGAGUGCAACAAUUAUACUCUUGGACAUGUGGGAAAAUAAGGGGGAGAAUGAAUGGCUCCAAGACCACUGCAUGCAAGUCGGGGAUGCCUACCUGAUUGUCUACUCCAUCACAGACCGAGCCAGCUUUGAGAAGGCUUCUGAGCUGCGAAUCCAGCUCCGCAGAGCCCGGCAGACAGAGGACAUUCCUAUAAUUUUGGUUGGCAAUAAAAGUGACCUGGUGCGGUGCCGGGAAGUGUCUGUAUCAGAAGGGAGAGCAUGUGCUGUGGUGUUCGACUGCAAGUUCAUCGAGACCUCUGCGGCCGUCCAGCACAACGUGAAGGAGCUGUUUGAGGGCAUUGUGCGGCAGGUCCGCCUUCGGCGGGACAGCAAAGAGAAGAACGAGCGGCGGCUGGCCUACCAGAAGAGGAGGGAGAGCAUCCCCAGGAAAGCCAGGCGCUUCUGGGGCAAAAUUGUGGCCAAAAACAACAAGAAUAUGGCCUUCAAGCUCAAGUCCAAAUCCUGCCAUGACCUCUCUGUGCUCUAGGCACCCAGAGUCACCCAGAUGUCCCCUGAUGGACAUCGUUGAAGGCUGUUGGGACAGAUAAUCUAUAUUAGAUUGAAUUCUAAAGUAUUGUUAGAUGUGGCUUCCCCUAUUGCAGCUGGAAAUUAACGUGUUAGCCUCACAGGCAACAUAAUGCAUGGGAAAUGACAGAUCUUUGUAAAGAGUCAGUAUUUAUUUAUAGGAAAAGCCUGACCUUGCUACUUGAACACCCAGGACUCAUUAGAGGAUAUGUUUGGUGUUCAUGUGUUUCCUCUCUCCCUUGAAUAGUAGAGAAUUGAAGCCUACAAAAGAAUGCCUAGAACAAGAACUUUUCAAACAAGAACAAAAUUAAAAUUUUGCCCAGUGUUCCGACAUGUGAAUUUGAGGCUGAUGGGUCAUAAAUAUAGGAAACUGUCAAAGGGUUUAUUCAAAGGAGGGAGAACUUCUUUCUCUGUACCUUAUAUUCAUGGAGCUGGGAUUGUAGAACUGGGCUCACCAUGGUCAUGACUAUUAUUGCUCUAUCAAGCUGUGAAAAGAAAUUAUGGACCUUGCUGGAAACUAAAGCUUAACAAACAAUUUUUGUUCAAUGCCCACAGUUGGGGAUCCAGAAAUUUACAGAAUUGGGAACUGAUACAUGUACCAUUUAUGGGUUCAAAAAUUAUAUCUUUACUUCUGUGUCUUAUUAUUUUUAUUUAGGGGAAAGUUAUUUUAAUCAAAUUCUACUUAAACUACCUUGUAUGUUUCAUUAUUUUUAAAAUCAUAAGGCCAUCAUAAAAAUAUUUUUAAAAUCUGAAUUAUUGGUAACCUAGAGUGCAAAAUGCCAAAUUUUUAAAUAUAAUCAAAGGUCUGAAUUUUUAUAAAACAUAAAUACUUCCGGUACUUUGAGUUGAACCUUGUAUGCCACAGCUCUGCUCUAUUUAUUAUUAUUUUGCAAAAUAAUAACCAUUUUAACAUUUGAUAAAGCAUAUUUAUGAACAUACUUCUUAAGAAAAAUGUCCAUUUUAUUACCAUUUUCUAUCUUUUUCAGAAUAUGCAAGUUUUUACC